AUGUCGACUCAAUCGCACACCCCGUUACCCCAGGUCGGGAAGCUCGUGAGCGUCGUUCCCGUUGGUCUCAAAGAGGCUGCGCUCGACUCGCCGACCUUCCGCGCGACUACCCUCCACUUCUGCGACCAGUUUGAGUUCAUUGAGAGAUGGCUCGAUGGGUAUGCCAAAGCUGCGGCGAAGCUCGCCUCCGAGGUGGUGGCCAUGGAGAGUGUUGUUAAUAGCUUCCUUUCCUAUUCCAACCCUCUGGUCGUUUCCGAGGCCGUCGUCGACCAUGAUUAUACGCUCUUGGCAAUGAGAAGAAGCGGAGAAGGAUCAAGGGAUCUCUGGAAUGGAUUGGUGAUGGCCACUAAGAAGAUGGAGUCCCUGAUCGCCGAGCCUAUUCGUGUGUUCAUCCAUGAAGAUCUGCGGCACUUUAAGGAGAACCGCCGCGCUCUCGAGCUUGCCCAGAAGCAGUACGACUACCUCCAAGCCAGAUAUGCCUCGCAAUCAAAGUCAAAAGAAGCUUCCGCGUUGAGGGAAGAAGCCUUCCAGCUUCAUGAGGCUCGCAAAGCAUACCUGAGAGCAUCCUUGGACUUUUCCGUGCAAGCUCCCCAGGUACGCAAUGCGCUUGAUCGACUCUUAGUUCGAGUAUCCUUUGAUCAAUGGCGAGAGUUCCGUUUGUUCCACAACAACAACAGCUCGACGUUCUCAAAGUGGUCAGGCGAGAUGGAUCGUAUCAAAGGCUGGGUUCAUGAGAUGGAAGCGAGUGACCGCUCUGCCAAGCGUGAGCUUCUAGCUACGCGGAAACAAAUUGAGGAGGCUGCAGAAGUGGUGGCCCGUCCACCCCGCGAGCUCGAGGACUAUUCAAUUUCUACUGUCCCGUACCUCGGCUCUCGACCUCUGUCUACGCUGAACAUGGGCAAGGAGAUUAGACCAGAGAAGCAAGGAUGGCUCAAUCUGCGAACAUUGUCAGGCAGACCUAGUCGCACAGUUUGGGUGAGGCGUUGGGCCUUUCUCAAGCACGGUAUCUUUGGAUGCCUUGUACAAGGUUCCCGUACUGGUGGCGUUGAAGAGAGCGAGCGAAUUGGCGUGCUCCUAUGCAGCAUUCGCCCUGCUUUCCAGGAGGAGCGACGGUUCUGCUUCCAAGUGAAGACCAAGAAUAAUAAUAUCAUUCUCCAGGCUGAAACCCAAAAGGAGCUCAUGGAAUGGAUCGGCGCAUUCGAAGCCGCCAAACAGAAGGCAUUGGAAAACCCCACGAGCACCGAUUUAUCCAUUUCUGGGAAAGUCACAGUUCAAGAUCCUGCUUUCUCGAUAUCGCAGCCCCCUGCCCCGGAAUUUACUGCCGAUCCGAGCGAGUCUCUCACUCCGCACCUGAGUGAUGAGCCGUCUCAUUCUGAACGGAGCUCGACACUUCCAGUGCCAGACCGUGAUGGACUUGCUAUGCGGAAUAGUACCGACGUGAGCAGUCGACGGCUUAUUGGCUUGGAUGAAUCUUCUGCCCGUGAAAACGCUAGGGAGCACACGUCUCGGAUUAUUCAAAAGUUGGAUCUCCACCGCAAGUCUAACAACGCUGCACCCGUGUCCCCGUCGAUUCCUGGCCCUGCGAGCGGUAUUGCUAGUCUCAUUUCCGCCAGUCAUAACCUUCUUCCUUAUGCAGGCGCCGCAGCCGCUAGUGCUCGGGAUGGCGAGGGCAACCGGGGUCGCAGCUCAAGCAGCUUGGAGGAGCCCGGGGCCAGCCUCGCCCCUGCUACUCUUGCUAACCCUCCAGCGCCUACAAGCAUGAGUAAAGCUGCAGUGGUAGUGAGUAGCGAACGAGGAAUUGGACUUGGACUUGUUGAUAGCACAGGCGGAAUGCCCAGUGGUAUGAUGGCCAACCUGUGGGGUAGCUCCAAUUGGGGAUUUAUCAACAAGCUUCAGCGGGAACAGCCUUAUACAAAUGGUGAUCAUCCGGAGAGCGCAUCUGAAGGCCGCCCGGCCUCUGUCAUGAGCGAUUCUGAUAAGCAGAAUGUUGCUGCUCAAGCAGACCUUCCAAGUGCAUCGACAACACCUUGGCAGCCAUCUGGACCCCGUCAUCGACAGACCGUCAGUCUCGACGGAGAGGAUGCGUCAAAGAUUCAACGAGCUGCACGAGCUAUCGUCUCUGAACCCGAAUAUCCUAGCAUCUAUCCACAGCCGUUGAAGAUCCAGGAUGCCCAAUUCCGGUUGCUCUUCCCUGAUGUCAAGAAGAAGGAACCUUUGGUUUUGGUUUUCAGGGCAACAUGGAGUCCGAACGAGCAGCAAGAAUUCCCUGGCAGAGCCUACGUGACAACUCGCAGCAUUUAUUUCUACAGCCACCACUUUGGUCUGGUUUUGACUACCAGCGCCGCUUUGGACAGCAUCAAGGAGGUGACUGCUGCUUCUGGGCGUGACUGUGAUUUCCUCUUCCUUCACACGAUCCCUCCGCUGGGCAGCGAUACCCCUGGUCGAAUCACCAUCAAGACCUUCCUUGAGCCUCUUCGACUGCUCCAGAAGCGUCUUAACUUUUUGAUUCAAGCAUCCAUUGCCGUACAACCGAUGACUCUUGAAGGGAUUCUCAGAGAGCUUAUCAAGAUGGACACUGGUUCUCCAAUCCGACCAGCCAGCGCGGACAGCUGGGAAGACGUAGCGUCUGGAGCAGACACCAAAAAUGGCCAUGAUAUAUACCUUCCUAUCUACAUCGACAAGGAUCUUGACAUCGAUGGAGGCAAGGAUGGUCGUGGUAAAGAUCAUCCGAGAUUCCGACUACCCACCCAACCUGUGGAGUACGUUCCUCAAGGUGAUCUUGUUCUGGCGGUGGAGAAGAUACUCGACGUUAGCCCGAAGGCACUGUUCCAUAUCCUAUUUGGUGAUAAGAGCGCAGUAUGGCAGCUGUUGCUUCAUGAACGCCAAGCUCGAGAGAUCAAACAAGGGCCUUGGGCCAGCACCGAGGCACGGCAUCUUCGCAGAGACUUUCAUUAUCAGAUCGAGACGACUGAUAUCUUUGGACGGUCUCGCAACAAUGCCAUCUCAGAUUAUCAGAUCAUUGAUGUGCUCAACGAUCAUCUCUGUUACGUGAUCACUGACAAACGAACCCCGUGGCAUCUCCCCUUGCGUCGCUCAUUCCGUCUUGUCAGCAAGGUUGUGAUCACCUUUGUGACAAAAUCCAAGAGCAAGCUGGCCAUCUACACCAAGGUUGAGUGGCUCAAGUCACCCUACGGCCUGAAAAAUAUUAUUGACAAGCGCGCGGGGGCCGACUUGGAACAGGACGCCUUGGAUCUCGUUGACUUGGUCAGUGACCAAGUGCGUCGCCUGGGUGCGCACAGUCGUACCAAGAAAGCGAUCACCAUCUUCGGCCAUGUCGGCCGCCAGAGUAAUGUGACUCAAUUCACAGGUGCUGGUGGCAAUUUGAAGUUGGAAUCCCGCAAGCGCACCCAGCGCACCAUGCUACACCUCGUCAUGGAGACUGUCCUGUCAUUCUUGGAAAGUGCUUUAUCAUUCUUGAUGCAGUCCUCUUUCGGCCUUGUUGGGUGGGCUCUCAAGACUUUGAGCACGCACAAGGUCAUCUUGGUCUUGCUGGUAACGAGUGCCCUCAUGAACGGCUUCUAUACCUCCAGAGAUGGCUGGGACUGGUGGCACGAGCGACAUGCACGCAAUUUCAUGUCCAGGCUCGGUGUCCAACCAAAUAUGGUCAUGAGCAAGGCUAUCUACAUUCGAGACAUUGACGAAGCAGUCGCCAACUCGACUAUUUGGCCUCACAACGGGAGCACCAGCACAUGCUUUGGAGCAUUCAACGAGCACAGCAUGCGAUACGCGGAGCUACCUCUCUCCCUGAGCACGACGAACCCGCGCGACACAGUCGCCAAGAGUGCGACCAAGCGAUUCUUGCAAACCCGAGAGCGUCUCGGGAUGUACAGGCAUAACCUUUUGGUAGCCCUGCGCGUGGUGAACAGUAUUGAAAAGGAGGUGAUUCAGACCGAGUGGGAACGGUGGCUUCGGGAUGAAUUGCGCCGCUGUCGUCAAGUCGAGAUUCUUCUUGGAGGCAACACCGCCGAAGGCGACGCAACCGCACAGGUUGCCCAGGCUGAGCGGAUCUUCGCCGAAAACACAGGCAACAUCAAGGAGUGGUAUGAGCGAUACUGCACCAGUUGUCGCCAUGAGCAGGAGCAGGUCCAGAAGAAUGACCGGGAGAACCUGCUGAUCUGA